AUGGUAAGUACAAACGGCAAUGCUUUGGUGGAAAGCAGAAAAGUGAAAAGAUACACGUCGAAGCACAGUUGCUGGGAUCCCUGCACACUGGGCGGAGUUUCUUGGAAUACUUUAUGGAAACGGAUUCGCCUCGCUAAUUUCAGCUGCAUGUAUAUAAACCUUAGAUUUGUUGCAGUCAUGCGCAGAAAGUGUCCGCUUCUUAAAUGUGUUGUUGCUUUAUUAGCAUUGUUCAUGUUAUUGCAAGAAUCAGCUCAAUCGAAGGUGAUCAUCCAUGUACCUUACCAAGUGAAGAACGUGAAGCAUACGCACACAAUCUACAAAAUAAUACCUCAUUAUCGCGAAGAUAAGUCGGAGGACCUAGAAGAAGACGAUAAAUAUGAAACUUAUUAG